CAUAUAAAAAUUAAAUAUCACCAUGGAACCGGUUAAAGAAGAAUUCGCAAGUUUAUCGUCAAUCUCCAUUACGUCCCGCAUCCCAGAUUUUUGGAAGAAAUCGCCGAAAAUAUGGUUUAUACAAACGGAAGCAGUUUUAACGCCACAGAAAAUGUCAGAUGAAGCGAAAUACCAAAUAGUAAUUUCUAAAUUAACGCCAGAAGUCAUCGAGCAAGUCACGGACAUUUUAAUUAGCCCGCCGGAGACAGGAAAAUAUGAAAAGUUAAAAAGAAGAUUAUUACAAAUUUUUGAAGAAUCGGAAGAUCGACAAAUAAAAAAAUUAAUUGGCGAAAUGGAAUUGGGUGAUCAAAAACCGUCACAAUUAAUGAGGAAAAUGCAAGAUUUGGCGCGUGGACGAGUAACAACAGAAACACUUCUAGUUUUAUGGCAAAAUUUAUUACCGCCGGCAAUAAGAGCUGUGUUAGCCGUAUCCGAGAGUAAAAGUGAAGAUAUUUUGGCAUCAAUAGCAGAUAAAGUUAUGGAGAGCAUGACACCUUUAAACUCGGUAUCAGCAGUUCAACAGUCCAGUUUAGGCAACAGUCCAGAAAAUAAUUUGAUUAGUGAGAUAGAAAAAUUAAAUAAUCGACUGAGAAGAUUGGAAACAAGAAAUAAUACAUCAAAUUUUAGAACGAGGUCACGAUCCAGGUCAAGAGGUAGAUUUCAACAUAAUCAAAGGCAUAAUCCCAAUUGGCUUUGUAAAUACCAUUACAAAUAUAAAAACAAAGCGACGAAAUGUGUGAAACCGUGCAACUGGAAACCUAGUCAGCGUGAGAAACCAGCGGAAAACUAGCAUCGGUGCAGCCAGCGACGGGUGCCUGCGACCGAGUCUACAGAAAUAACCGUCUCAGUGUUUUGGACAGAAAUUCAGGACUAAACUUUUUAGUUGAUAGUGGUGCAAAUGUGUCCGUCAUCCCGCGUAGUGUGGUGUAUGGUAAGGUUUAUGCAGAAGGUAAUAAAUAUAAAUUAUUUGCUGCUAAUGGAACGGAAAUUAAAACAUAUGGUAUUCAUUUUUUGUCUCUAGAUUUGGGUCUGAGACGACCGUUCCGUUGGAUUUUUAUAUUAGCGGAUGUAAAGCAACCAAUUAUUGGUGCGGAUUUCUUAGCUAAUCAUAAAUUAUUAAUUGAUUUAAACGGACGUAGAUUGAUUGAUCAAGUAACUAAUUUGAGUACUAAGGGAAAUAUCUCAAAUUCUACUGUGCCCACUUUAAAAACAAUUAUGGAAUGUCCAUAUUCCGAUUUAUUGAAUAAAUUCCCUGAUUUAACUAAACCUAUUUCUUACAAAGAGACGCCAAAACACGAUGUUUGUCACUAUAUCGAGACGACAGGA